CUGGAGCGCAUCCGCGCGGAGCUUGGCACCGACCAGCCGAUACACGUUCAGUUCGUCAGGUGGGUCGGUCGUCUAGCGCAAGGGGACCUCGGCACUUCCAUAUUCUCGAGGAAGUCGAUAACCUCCCUGAUGGCGCCUCGCUUACAGCCGACGCUUUCACUGGGCGUCCAAGUGAUACUCCUUUCCACAUUGCUGGGCAUAUCGAUAGGCGUCAUAUCGGCGUGGAAAGCGGGGACGAUCGUAGAUCGGGGCUUCAUGUUCUUCGCCGUGCUGGGCUUUUCCGCGCCCGGCUUCUGGCUGGCGUUCAUCCUGAUAUGGGUCUUUGCGGUGAACUUGGGGUGGUUCCCCGCGCUCGGAUAUCGUCCCAUUGGUGACGGACUCUUCUCGCACGUCCACAGCAUGUUCCUGCCGGUUGCCGUCAACAGCAUACUGUCGUCGGCAUUCAUAUCGAGAAUCACGCGCUCGGCGAUGCUGGAUGUGCUUCGUGAAGACUUUGUGAGGACGGCGCGCGCAAAGGGGCUGCGCGAGAUGGCGGUGUACAUGCGCCACGCAUUCCGGCCCGCGUCCAUACCGGUCGUCACGGUCAUAGGCGCAUCGCUGGCAAGCCUCGCCACAGGCUUCGUGGUAACCGAGUCUAUCUUUGCUAUACCGGGACUGGGUAGAAUGCUGAUAGAGGCUAUCAUUAGGCGGGACUUCCCCAUAAUUCAGGCGAUGAUGAUGGUAGUGGCGACCGCCUAUGUGCUGAUAAAUCUUGUCAUCGACAUCGGGUACGCCUACCUCGAUCCUAGGAUUCGCUACUAA